UCAUUUGCUUAUUUUAGGAAGCAGCAGAAAAUGUCCACUGAACGGACUUCUUGGACAAGUUUGUCCACUAUUCAGAAAAUAGCACUGGGCCUCGGGAUCCCAGCCAGUGCAGUGGUUGCCUAUAUCCUAUACCGCAGAUAUAGGGAAAGCAGAGAAGAGCGGCUGACAUUUGUUGGGGAGGAUGACAUCGAGAUAGAGAUGCGAGUCCCCCAGGAGGCUGUGAAGCUCAUCAUUGGCCGGCAAGGAGCCAAUAUUAAGCAGCUACGAAAACAGACAGGUGCUCGGAUCGAUGUGGACACAGAGGAUAUAGGAGAUGAGCGGGUGCUGCUUAUCAGUGGUUUUCCUGUUCAGGUGUGCAAGGCCAAAGCAGCAAUUCAUCAGAUCCUGACUGAGAGUACCCCAGUGUCUGAGCAGCUCUCAGUUCCCCAGAGAUCUGUGGGCAGAAUCAUAGGGAGAGGCGGCGAGACAAUUCGUUCUAUCUGUAAGGCCUCGGGAGCCAAAGUAACCUGUGACAAAGAAUCAGAGGGGACAUUGCUACUAUCAAGACUUAUAAAAAUCUCAGGAACACAGAAGGAGGUGGCAGCAGCUAAGCAUUUGAUACUGGAGAAAGUUUUAGAAGAUGAAGAACUUAGGAAGAGAAUUGCUCAUUCUGCAGAAACCAGAGUCCCACGGAAGCAGCCAAUCAGCGUAAGAAGAGAGGAAGUGACAGAGCCAGCUGGGGCUGGAGAGCCAGCUUUAUGGAAAAACACUGGCACUAGCUUGGAGCAGGCUGCACCUCUGGCAGUUCCUCCCCACAAAGGAGGUGGCGACACGUCUGUUGUAAGACCAGAAGAGCGUUCCUGCAAGAAACCUAAUGAUGACAACUUUCAGAAGUUUGGAGCCCAGACCAGUCCAGAGACAUCCAUGUUUGAAAUCCCCAGUCCAGACUUCAGUUUCCAUGCUGAUGAAUUCCUAGAAGUCUAUGUCUCUGCCUCUGAACAUCCUAACCACUUCUGGAUCCAAAUCAUUGGCUCCCGCAGCCUGCAACUGGAUAAGCUUGUCAGUGAGAUGACCCAGCACUAUGAAAAUAGUCUGCCUGAAGACUUGACAGUACAUGUAGGAGACAUUGUCGCAGCACCUUUACCUACAAAUGGUUCCUGGUAUCGAGCCCGGGUCCUUGGCACCUUGGAGAAUGGGAACCUGGACCUCUACUUCGUUGACUUUGGAGAUAAUGGAGAUUGCCCACUGAGGGACCUCAGGGUGCUCAGGAGUGACUUCCUAAGCCUUCCAUUUCAAGCAAUAGAGUGUAGUCUGGCACGGAUAGCCCCCUCAGGUGAACAAUGGGAAGAGGAAGCUUUGGAUGAGUUUGACAGACUCACUCACUGUGCUGACUGGAAGCCCCUGAUGGCCAAGAUCUCUAGCUACGUCCAGUCUGGGAUCUCAACUUGGCCCAAGAUCCACUUAUAUGAUACUAGCAAUGGGAAGAAACUUGAUAUUGGGUUAGAAUUAGUUCGUAAAGGAUACGCAGUUGAGCUUCCUGAAGACAUGGAAGAAAACAGAGCUGUCCCAGUAAUGUUGCACAGUGUGGCCACAGAAACAGAUGUCUCUCUCCGCAGCACGGUCACUGAGACCAAGAAGAGCCCUGGAGAGAUGGCAAAUACCCUGUCCUGCCUCAGUUUAUUAGAAGCUGCCUCUAUGUCUGGUGAUGAUAACCUUGAAGAUGACUACUUACUCUGAAGUCACCUUCAGUUGCCUCAGCCAUCCGCUUUGCGGAUUUGGCAUAAGAUUUGGUGCCUGGAGAGAGGAGCCUGUGACAGAGAUCAGUGCAGUUCUUCCUUCAUUAUAUACACGAUCUGGCUUGCUGUGGACCAAAUGCAUUUGCUCCUUCCACUGGACUACCAGAAAGUGUGAGGGAUGGAGGGAGACAAACACAUGCCCCUACUCCACCACCACCCCCUGCGCCCCUUCCAGUGUUUGAGUGCUGCUGCGCUACUUCCAGCCUGCUCAGCGUCCAGCUCGUUCCCCUCGGCCAGUCACAGAGCACACUGCUGCUAGGCUGUGUCCUUUUGAGGCUGGGAAACAGCCAGGAUUUGGUUAUUGGAAAUGAUGAUUCUGCAGACUUCUGACUCACCUCAUCAGGUGACUGGUUAAGGAGAGUUUUUUGAGUGGUGAACUCAAAGACUGCAGUUGAGUCAGGCGGCAAAGGCAAAAAUCAGCAUAAUUAUAUUGAAAAGCCUCGGGAGGUGGGAAGAGAAUACUGCCUCCCAGCCUCAACUGCUGAUAUGUUAUUGGAGACAAGUUUUUUGAAACAGUGCUCCAACUAUUUCCCAUAGUUGAGAGGUAACUCAGGAAAUAUUCUAAAUUGCUGGUAUAGUAUCUAUAAUAUAUAUGUAUACACACACAGCCAUAGAGAGAACUUAUGUAGCUGUUCAAAUCAUUUGGGGGGUCCUUUGCUGAAUAAAGUUCUCAAGAAAAUUA